GCCUCCAACUCCUGCACGGUGUUGUCGUCACUCGGAGCUUCCUGCAGCUUCAUGGGUUCACUGUCUGCUGGACCUGUGGCCGACCUCGAUGGUCAUCAGCAACAUCAGGACAGGAAGUCGCACCAUCCUGCACAUGAACAGUUUCAUCGUGGCUGAUUUCACGCACCGUGCGAUCGACGUGUCGGCUGUGAUCUGGCAGGUCAAAGGUCAAACUCCGUGUGCCUGUUGUGUGGUUUGUCCAUCGACUGGAUCUCGAACCGUUGUUCUCUCCGACAUGAACCUUCCUGAUGUCACAGCAGCAGAUUUUUCCAAAGUUGAGCUCGAUCAGUUCAAGUGGAUUCACUGGGAGGGUCGAAAUGCUGAAGAGCAGGUGAAGAUGAUCGAGAGGGUAGCGAAGUACAACAGCACGUUACCGCAGCAUCAGAGGAUCACUGUCUCCGUGGAGAUAGAGAAGACCAGAGAGCCGCUGUACCAGCUGUUUCCUCUCGGGGACGUGGUGUUUGUCAGUAAAGACGUCGCUCGUCACUUUGGCUUUGAGUCGGCAGAAGCUGCUGUGAGAGGAUUCUACAGUCGAGUCAAAGCGGGGGCUGUCCUAAUCUGUGCCUGGGCAGAAAAAGGAGCAGAUGCUUUGGGUCCUGAUGAUGUCAUCAUUCACUCUGAUUCGUUUCCUCCUGAAACUCUGGUCGACACUCUCGGAGCUGGAGACACGUUCAACGCCGCCGUCAUCUACACGCUGUCCAAUGGUAGGACGAUACAACUGUCCAAUGGUUGA